AUGGACGAAAAGAACGAUAUCACCACGCAAAAUGAAAAAACGAGUCGUACCGACGAGAGGCUCCUCAAGGAGUUAGAGAACCCUCAAAAAAUCAAGAAAAUAGUUCGCGAAGGCAUUCUCCUCGCCGGUGGUGGGGCGGCCAUUCUCCUUCAAGUUGCCAUGCCCGGCGUUGGCAAAGGCGUUGAUGAACACAGUAACUUCUCCUACCGUCCGCUGGAUCGACUCCGCACGACCAUGACAUAUGUCUACUGCAUGGCGUUUGGCACUCCAGAAGAAAAGAAGACGAUUAUUGAGAUGGUCCAUAAAGCACAUUCGGUUGUCAAAGGCCCCGACUACUCGGCCGACGAUCCACACUUGCAGGUCUGGGUGGCGGCGACUCUCUACGCAGUUGGGAUUGAUCUGUAUGAGCAGGUCUUUGGCCGUAUGGAUGAGGCCACUGCCGAAGCAAUCUACCGUGAAUAUGCUGUUCUUGCGGUUUCCCUCCGUGUCAAGCCGGAGAUGUGGCCGCCAACUCGCGAGGCGUUCUGGGUCUAUUGGGACGAACAGAUCCAGAAGAUCCAACAUCAGAUCACCCCACAGGCAAAGAACGUUGCCAAGGAUCUCCUGUUCAACAAGCAGGUUCCUUUCAUAAUCCGUAUUUCCAUGCCACUGGUGCGGCUGAUGACCGCCGACUUGCUUCCUGAGGGUAUCCGGGAGCAGUAUGGGCUGAAGACCAGUAGCACGCGCAGGGGAAUGCAGAAGGUGGUUCGGGGGGUGACCAAGGUGGUUUACCCUGCCACACCUAGUUUUAUUCGGACCUACCCCAUGCGGUACUAUCUGAAGGAUAUGCGGAAGAGAAUGAAGAAGGCCCAACACCGCGAACUAAACGGGCCCCCCGAGCCUGUUAUUGGUGUCGACAUCGUAAGGUCCGAUGCGACGCAUCUAUCCAUGGCUGCCCUUGUACAAGGUGUCGCCAGGAUGGUCGACGUGAUUGCACACUCGGGUCCAGGGCUGGCAGACAACCAAGAUCCUCCUCAAAGGGACGCAUCUAUCGACGGUACCGCUAAACAAAUUACACAGCGAGAGGAGCCCAUACAGAGGUUUUAUAGUGACUUUGGAAAUGCGCCUGGAAUACAAACGUCCGUCGAUCCGACGACUCCUAGCAGCGUGUCAUUCUUCUUUUGCCCUUUCCUCACACUCAAUGGUCUGGCAGUCUUGCCUCAGGAAGAUGUGACAUACUUGGCUUCAAAAGGGUCUUUGAGUGUUCCGGACUGGUCAACGAUCAACGAAUUCGCGAGGCAGUAUUUUCUCCAUAUUCACCCUUGUCUUCCUGCCCUAGAUGAAGCAGAGUUUUGGCGUAUCUCUGUUGACUCUGCUUCACAUACACUAUCGUUAUUUGUGUUACAUGCGCUUCUAUUUUCCAGUUGUCCUUAUGUCUCCCUGCAAACGCUCCAAAAAUGCGGAUUCAAUGAUAGACGCAAAGCCAGAACAACAUUCUUCAAUCGUGCUAAGCUACUAUUUGAUCUCCAAGCUGAAAAUGAUGCAUUCGCCAAAGCCCAAGGCUCCGCUCUUCUGGCCCACCACACGUCCGCUCAAGAUCCCCAAGCUAGCAGUAUAUGGUUGAUGCGCGCUAUCCAAAAUGCUAUGGUUGUGGGCUGUGGACCAGGUCCAGGUGAUAGAGAGAUCAACCUAUCCAUGAUGAAACGGUUGUGGUGGUCUAUGGUGCUGCGCGAUCGGGUUCUAUCUAUCGGCCUCCGUCGUCGUCCUCAAAUUACAUCGGUAGAAUUCAACAUGGGGGCAAACUGGCUCACAGAAGAGGAUUUUGCGGAUGAAAUAGUAAAUUCUCGAGUAUAUGAUCCGGAGCUCAAGAUCCAACUAUUCCAGGUACUGCAGGAACAAUGCAAACUCGCGGUUCUUCUCACCGAUAUGGUGGCGUUGGUCUUUUCAUCGCAGGGAGUAUCCUCCCCGUCACUUUCCUUAGCUGAAUUCCAGGCCGUUCUCGCUGCCAUACGGCGAAUCAAGCGGUAUCUGACGAAAUGGGAGGCCGUUUCGAUUGUUCCGCCCUCUACCAGCCAUGAGGCCGUCACCUUCUUUACUCAUCUUACUUUGAUGUAUUACUAUGCCGCCCGUGUCGAUCUAGCCCAGUACGAGGCGCUGAUUAUCGAGAAGCAUUUGAGCUUCACUGGAACUAACUAUAGGGGCCAACUCCUAGAAACUGGCGCGGACCUCCGCAAAGCUACGACUGGUUUAACCAGUGCUAUAGAGUUUUUUUGCAGCCAAGGCCGUGCAGAACGAAUACCUCUGAGCGUUCUGGCCUAUACCGCCGUGCCCAUCGUUCUUGCUGCUAUCGAUGUUAAACUAUCACCCUCGCAGGCAGAAAUGACGAUCCGAAAGCGUCGUCUCGAGCGUCUAGGAGAGAUUGUUCGACAUUCGAGAAUGCUUUAUGAUGUGGCCGACUAUGUGGCUGCCGGGACAAACCAUAUUCUGCAGUUGGCAUACAUUACCACACAAGAGGCUUUUCUGCGAUGCAGAACAAAAGCCAUCGGUUCAUCGCAGAUGGAGAUAGAACCGCCAUCAGUCGGCAUGUCGCUGGAUACCUCCAUCCUGAAUGCAAAGAGAGUGACGAACUGGUAUGACGCCUUCCUUAGUAGUCCUCGGGCAUAUCUCAGGAUAUCUGUAUCACUCGACUAUAGCCUUGCAACUGGCCGUCUGCCGUAUGAUAAUGCACUACCCCUGCUUGUGCGGCAGACGCCCUGGGCCAAGAAACAACAAAGGCUGCCGUGGACCAUUGCGCUGGAAACAGAUGACAUUGCACGAUGCCCAGACCUUUCUAUAAAUGGGAGGAUCACGGAGGAGAUCGGUUCCAUAUCCCAGAUAAGCAAUUUGCCAGAGGAGCAGACUGCCGAGACACCAAAGGACGACGGAUCCCAGAGCCGAAGCGAUGAUGUAUUUCCGUUCAUUGCAGCAAUUGGAGACUCUAUCAGGGAAAACACCUAUGAAGCGGAAGACCAUUGCAGCCCGGAAGAGGUUAGUGCUGGAGAGGCUGCUAUCAACCUGAAUUUCUUUGAGUUUGGGAGUCCGCGGUCGGACGAUAUGGUGGAGAUGCAGACGGAGGAUGCACUGAGCGGGGGUUCCUCCCGACUUCUAGGGAUGAGUGCACCUCACUCCGGGAAAGACAGGUCUGAUGACUUUGGUUUUGGUCCUACGGGAUUUCAGUCUAUAUACACUUCCUUGCUGCGAGACUCUGUUGUUUGA